AUGAAAAGGAAGCAUACUUUAUUUCUAAGAAAAGUUGUUGGAGAAUAAAGUUAAAUGAGUUGGCCUUUUGCUGAUUAAGACUUACAUUCUAGUAACAUUUUUCAAAGUAAAAGAGCAGUCAUCAAUUAGCUUAGAGUCCUGAUUAUCAAAUAUUUGAUUUUAGUCAAAAGAAUUCAACUAAUGAAAUCUUGUCUAGAUCAAUAGUUGGCAAAGUGGAUAUUUACAAUAAAUAGGCUAAUGGCCUUGAAAAGCCUCUUCGUUUUAGUUAACCUGUAAAGUUAUCUAGUAUGAUAAAGAAGAUUAAAAGAAGUAAUAUAUUAUGAAUAUAUUUUUAGCCAAUACUAAUGAACCAUCAAGUCUAAACUCAUCUUAUAGAAGCAAAAAAAAUAUUACAAAUUAAUAACAAUUAAUACAAAAAACUGGAGAUGCUAACUUUGAAGUACUUGAUAAAUAUGAAUUAUUAUAAACUAUGGAAAAAAUAUAGAAAAUAAUUAAGAAUAAUGAAAAAAAUGCAUAAAAUUAACUUUAAAAAAUUUCAGUAACUGAAAAGAUAUUGAAAAAUCAACAUGAAAGAGCACUAAAUAAACAUGAAAAACAAUUGUAAAUAUGGAAUGAAUUAUCAACAAAAAUUAGUUCUAGAAUGAAAAAUAAUUAAAGUACCUUAAUUGAAAGAUAGGCUUGUAUUUUCAUAUAUUAAAUAACUAGAAUAUAGAUCUAGGUUAGACUCAUUAGAUAUGUUUGAAGAAUUGAAACCAGAGGAAUCCAAAAAUCCAGUUAUAACUUGGCAUCAAAGACUAAGAUCUCAAUAUAGACCUUAAGUAAUUCAUUAUUGUUUAUUAUAAAGAAAAUUAUACAAAAAGAAGAAUAGGAAAGAUUAUAAUUAAAAUAAGAUCUAUUAGAAUAAAUACCAAGUAGGGAACUAUUAGAUAUACCUAAUCCAUAGAAAUUAAUCUCAGAUAUCAAAAAUAAAAAUGGUUAUGACAAAGGUCGAUCUGUAUCUGAUUAUAAUGGAUUAAAAGUAAAAUAGUAACAAAAAAUUAGUUAGUUGGUUUGAGUGUCUAUGAUUAAGAAUUAAAUUCUUUGAAAAAAGAUAAAUCUCAAAUACAAUAGUAAUACUACUAUUAUAAGGCUCCAAAAGAUGUUAAAAUCGAAGAUGAAAAUUUUUGAGAAUUUUAUUAUAAUUAAAAUAUGUUUGUAUUUAUUAGUGAAGGGGAACCUAAAGAUCAAACAGAUUACUUUUUAGGAUAGGAUCCCGAUGUCAAUUUAUCUGAGAAAGGAUAAAAUUAAGCUAAAUAAACUGGUUUGGCAUUAAAAUAGAUUAUAAAUGAACAUAUCAGCUCUCAAAAAUUAAAUACUAAAGAUUUAAUAUUUGUAUUCAUGUCAUCCCAUUAUAUGAGAUGUAUAGAAACUCUAGCAAUUGUUAUGUAAUAUUUACCUACAGAAAAUAAAAAGAUAUACAUUUAAAAUUAAUUAAGUGAUCUUUUAUUACCUCAUUUAUAUAAAUAAGAACCUGUCAAAGAGCACUUUUAAAUUAAUUAUGAUAAAAAGAUAUAAGGAUAUUUUAAUAAACAAUAUGGUGUUGAAAUAUGGAAAUAAAAUUAUAUAAAAGGAAUAAAGAUUGAAUAAAAAUAUCCUGAAGAUUAAACAUACUGUAGAGCUAGAAUAGGUUCAUUUAUAAUUGAGACUUAAAAUUAUGUCAAUCUCUUUUAAAAUAAAGCUAAUUAUAUAUAUAUAUGUGCCACUCAUCUAGGAGUCUAAGAGAUUGUAUUAGAUCAUUUUGAUGGUAAAUGUAAGAAUAUUGAUUAUUGUUCUGUUACAACAAUUUGUUUUCCUGAAAAUUGGUAAAAUCCUAAAUUGACUCUUAAAGCAAAAACAUUAUGGAAAUGA